AUGUAUCGUACUGGUAUAGCAGGCAGUAAAGGAACCGGGCGCACGUACCUCAUGAACUUCACCAACGAGUGCAUAGCCGAGCACCAGAGCCGUCCAGCAGCCGCCUCGACCGAACAGGCCGAGGCGGCGAGGGCCCCGAUGGACUUCUUGUCCAAGUUCUCCCAGAAGCACGCCAGAGACCCGGCGCGCUUCACCAUGUACCACGUCUUCGCCGGGUGCGCCUCCAACAUUGUCGCGGGCUCUGACACGACGGCGACGAGUCUGUCGGGGAUUCUCUACCAUCUGCUGAAGGCGCCGGACGUGUUCGCUCAGUUGAGGGCCGAGGCUGACCAGGUGUCAGGUCAGGCGAGGCAUAUUUCAUGGGCCCAGACGCAGAAGAUGACCUAUCUUCAAGCCGUCAUCAAGGAGGCGCUGCGGCUUCACACGGCUGUCGCGCUUCCGAUGGAUCGAGUCGUACCGACAGGCGGCGUGGAGAUUGAUGGCAAUUUCUUUCCCGAAGGUACGCUUCGACCCAAGUCGGGGGAGCCCAACACCCCUAGCGCUCAUGAAGAAGGCAACACAACGCCGUAUGACAUCCCACGCAAACAGGAGCCGCCCAUCCAGUGA